AGUCAUCCUCCAACGUAGAGAGGGAGAUGAGCGGAAGGAAUUGGAGCAUUGCCAACGAGCUCCGCCUUGAAGGCACAUUCUGUGAUGUCAUCUUAAGAGUUAACGGAGUGGAAUUCAAGGCUCACAAGCUCAUCCUCUCUUGUCAAAGUACCUACUUCAGGACUCUGUUUACCAGCACAGACAAGAUGGUCUAUGAAAUCCCCGGUGUUUCAGCUGAAAUGAUGGGUCUCAUCAUCGAUUACGCCUACACUGAGACAGUACCGAUCACGGAGGACAACGUUGAGAGUUUGCUGGCUGCAGCCGACCAGUUCGGCGUCAUGGGCAUCGUCAACCUGUGCUCCGAGUUCCUCAUUUCCCGGCUGUGAUUUGAGAACUGUAGCAGACGCAGUCCUUGUAUAACAAGGAAAUAAAUGCUCCUCGUGUGAUGGUGAACAAAGAGGCUUUAUUUCAAACUCGGCGCGGUUUUAUUCCUUAACACCAUGUGCCUUCUUUAACCAACUAGGUUUCCUAU